AUCCCCAAUUUUAAACACAAACCGUAGCCACCCAAUACCCUCACCUUUCCUUCCCCUUCAGCAGCCACCACACUCCCUCCACUCACCUCACCCGCUGCACACACUCACCAACGCGCACACACACUAACACAAGCACACACCCACACUGAAGAAGAGAGGGAGAAGAACAGAAAGAGAGCGCGGACGGGAGAGGGAGACCGCCGAACUCGCCGCCGCCGCCCUUCUCAGAACCACCGUCGCACCACAGCCGCCGUUCCUGCACCUCGCCUAUGCCGUUAUGCCGUCAGAGGAGCUGAACGCCGUCGAAGCUGCACCGUCGCGUCACCGUCGCUGUGACUCCGCCGAACCCGUCACACCCCGCCGUGUCUUGCUCGCCGUCGUGCCAUCAACCCACGUCGAGAAGGAAGAGAGAAACAGAGGAGAGUGGCGUCGUGCUCUGCUGCCACGAGAUCGCCGCCGCUGUCCGCCGUCGCCCUCGCCGUGAAGCUCGUCACCGGUUCUGCUCGGGGUUGUCACCACUGUUUGGUUCCGCCGCUGCUGGGAAGAAGACGCGUCUGGGAAAGAGAACCUGGAAGGGAAGCCGCUGCCGGAGGGGACCUUUCCCGUCACUGUCCGGGCCGUCUACGUCACCGCCGUCGUGACAAGCACAGCCGCGCCGAUCUGGUCUGAGGGAGAGGGACCGCGACCAGAAGGGAAGACGGGGAGCCACCGCCACCGCUUGCUGAAAACCCCAGUGCUCCAUAUCCCCUCUGCCAUCUGGAAUCGCGUCGCCGGAGUUCUGGCAGCCGGAAAACCUCGCCGCCGUCGCUGGAAAAAUCCUGCCGUUAUCGUCGCCGGAGAUCUGGUCGCCGCCGCCACUCGAGGUGGUUGCUGGGGCUGCCGCCAAGCCGGUUCAGUGAACGCUGCUGUUUCGUUUUCUUAGUUCGAUUGAUGAGUUGGAAUUUGUAUAAGACAAUUUUGUGGCCCGAAAGUAAUGAGGUUUCAUUGGGUUUAAGGUCGGGUAAGAGUCUCAAAAAUAGACCCGGUCAAUAUUUAGGGCCUGGUUUGGGUCAGGACAAAUCCAGUUUCACCCGUCUCAUGACUUCCCUAUCUUCAAAUGUACAACAGAAACCUUUGCUCUGCGUGCACCAGAACUCUCUCACAUGUUACAGCUUCAACUUCCAAAUUCACUGUGCACGCUGAUAAUUACAAUUAUGCCAUCCCAAAACCCCGCUUUCCAAACGCACAACAACAUCCAGAGCCUCUCACAACCCAAUUGGAGUCUCUGUUCCGUUCUUGUUCUGAUUCCUCUCUACUUCCACAGGUCAAGCAAAUUCAUGCUCGGGUCACUGUUUGUGGAAUGAGUGAUAUCAAUGUGUUGGGUUCAAGAAUUGCAGGGUUGUAUGUUCUUUGUGGUAGCAUCAGGGAUGCUAGGAACUUGUUUUUCAGGCUUGAGUUGGGCUAUGCACUUCCCUGGAAUUGGAUGAUAAGAGGGUUUGUGAUGUUGGGGUGGCAUGAUUUUGCAUUGUUGUUUUACUUCAUGAUGUUGGGUAGUGGAGUCUCACCUGAUAAAUACACUUUCCCUUACAUUAUAAAAGCUUGUGGUGGUUCAAAUAACGUUGCAUUGGCUAAGAUGGUGCAUAACACAAUUCGGCCAAUAGGGAUCGAUGUGGACUUGUUUGUUGGUAGUGCCUUGAUCAAGUUGUAUGCAGAUAAUGGGUGUAUUUAUGAUGCAAGGCAAGUGUUCGAUGAAUUGUCCGUAAGAGACUGCGUUUUGUGGAAUGUCAUGCUGAAUGGUUAUGUAACUAGCGGUGAUUUUAACAAUGCAAUAGAAACUUUUCAGGAAAUGAGGAAUUGUUAUAUCAAGCCCAAUUCAGUAACUUUUACUUGUAUGUUAUCAUUAUGCUCUACAAGAGGGAUGUUUUAUGUUGGUACUCAGCUUCAUGGUCUUGUUAUUCGUAGUGGGUUCCAGCAUGAUUCGCAGGUAGCAAACACGCUACUUUCCAUGUAUUCUAAAUGUGGUAACCUUGUUGAUGCACGUAGGUUAUUUGAUUCAAUGCCACAGACUGAUACAGUUACUUGGAAUGGGUUGAUUGCUGGAUAUGUGCAAAAUGGAUUGGCAGAUGAGGCCUUAACUUUAUUUAAUGCAAUGAUCUCUGCUAGUGUCAAACCAGAUUCGAUCACUUUCGCAAGUUUCCUUCCUUCUAUUGUUGAAUCUGGUAGUAGUAGUACCAAACAUUGUAAAGAAAUUCAUGGUUAUAUAGUCCGGCACAGGAUUCCUUUUGAUGUUUAUUUAAAGAGUUCACUUAUUGACGUAUACUUAAAGAAUAGGGACGUGGAUAUGGCAUGCAAGAUUUUCCAGCAGAAUACUUCAGUUGAUGUUGCAGUUUGUACAGCUAUGAUCUCGGGCUAUGUACUUAAUGACAUUCUGAAAAAUCAACUUGAUAGUGUGCUUCAUGUGGGGUCUGCCAUCACAGAUAUGUAUUCAAAAUGUGGAAGACUAGAUCUUGCAUAUCAAUUUUUCAGAAGGAUGCCUGAAAGAGAUAGUGUAUGUUGGAACUCAAUGAUUGCAAGCUUCUCACAGAAUGGUAAACCAGAAAUGGCUAUUAAUAUUUUUCGUGGAAUGGGAAGGAGUGGAACCAAGUUUGAUUCCGUGAGCCUAUCAUCUGCACUUUCUGCGAGUGCAAAUAUACCGGCACUCUAUUCUGGGAAAGAGAUGCACGGCUUUGUGAUAAGAAAUGCAUUUACUUCUGACACUAUUGUUGCAAGUGCACUGAUAGACAUGUAUUCUAAAUGUGGAAAAUUAGCCAUGGCUCAGUAUGUGUUUGACCUGAUGUACUGGAGGAAUGAAAUUUCAUGGAAUAGCAUCAUUGCUGCAUAUGGAAACCAUGGUCACCCCAGGGAAUGUCUCGAUCUAUUCCAUGAAAUGUUAAAAGCCGGGAUUCACCCGGAUCACGUUACUUUCCUUGUUAUAAUAUCUGCUUGUGCUCAUGCUGGCCUAGUUGAUGAAGGCAUAUCAUAUUUCCGUUGCAUGACUGAAAGUUAUGGGAUUUGUGCUAAGAUGGAGCACUAUGCAUGCAUGGUAGAUUUGUAUGGUCGAGCUGGUCGUUUGCACGAGGCAUUCAAUACUAUAAAGAGCAUGCCGCUUGCUCCGGACGCAGGUGUUUGGGGGACAUUACUAGGAGCUUGUCGGGUUCAUGGCAAUGUUGAGUUGGCCAGACUAGCUUCCGAACAUCUUCUGGAGUUAGACCCCCAAAAUUCGGGGUACUAUGUAUUACUUUCGAAUAUACAUGCCGGUGCAGGGGAGUGGUCAGAUGUUCUUAAGAUUCGAAGUCGAAUGAAGGAAAAAGGAGUUCAGAAAAUAUGCGGAUACAGCUGGAUUGAUGUGAACGGCAGCACCCAUAUGUUUUUUGCUGCCGAUGGUAGUCACCCACAAUCUUUUGAGAUCUAUUUGAUUCUGGAGAGUCUUCUCCUUGAGUUAAAAAAGCAGGGUUAUGUUCCUCAACCAUACCUUCCACGGCAUCCACAAGUCGUUGUAAAAACUUGAAUGGAAACAACUAAUGUCUAUAUUCCAAGCAUCACCAAGAGCAAAAGUUUUGUUCUAUGUAAUCCAUAUUAUUAUAAAAAUGGCGUACACUAAAUAUUAGCCACCAAUUUUGUAUUCUUUCAUGCUGAUAAUGGAAAACUAAAACUAGUGAUCAUCAAUUCAAUUUUUUUGUAGUCCCAAAAUUGGACUAAUUU